UCCUCUAUUCACCAAAGGAAAAAAAGAAGAGAAGGAAAAACCUCCGUUCAGGAUUCCAAAGUCCAAAACUGACGUGCAUUUUCUCUUCAGAUGGACUCUCAGACCAAAACAGGGAAAGCUUACCUCCAACCACACAAAGCUGGCAAAAAAUGGAAGCCAGUGUGGUUGUCUCUGUUUCCUCACAGCAGCAGUGGAGUGGGACGACUGGAGGUCCAGGCUAUGGGAGGCGAUCAUGGUUCUGGGGUCAGGAGGCACCAUCAGCCUCAAGACAGAAAUAUGAAGAUGGUCCGACUGUCAGAUCUCAUCAGCGUCCUCAGACUCCCCCCAAACGCUGAGGCCUGUCCCAUGGAGAACAUGUCGGCAUUUUGCGUGGAGACUCAGGAAAGGACGAUGGUGUUUGCUGCACUCAAAGACGACUGUGUGGACUGGGUGGAAAAACUGUGCCAAAGCACGUUUCAGAGAGGCGAUGCCUCCGGCACUGAUCAGCUUUAUAUGGAGGAAAACCAGAUAUAUGCCUCAGCAAAUGAAGCAUCAGAGUUCAGGGUGGUGGUUCAGAGGACUGACGCAGCGUCACGUUGUGGCCUGCAGGGGUCAUACUUGCUGCAGGUGGGGGAAGAGGCACUGCUGCUGAAAGAAACACAGAAGAGAAGCAUCAUUAGAGAGUGGCCAUAUGAACUACUGAGGCGAUAUGGAAAAGAUAAGUCGGCCUUAAGCAUUGAAGCAGGACGACGCUGUGACUCUGGUCCUGGAACAUUCAGCUUUGAAACACAGCAGGCUGAGAAAAUAUUCUCCCUGAUUCAGAUCACCAUCAAACGGAAGACCUCACCUGUUACUCUAGGCAUCCCGAACCAAGAGAGUGAGAAAUCAAUUCCCAAUAUACAAGCCCAUUCCCCUCUCCCAAAGAUACCGGAUCUGACCAGCAUGGCUGCCAUCCUGGAGAACAAACUGAGGACACAGGAGAAGAAUUCUGCCCUUUCAGAAGGGAGUUCUCAAGAAGAUUUGCCAAGUUCACCAGAGAAUAUGUCAGCACAGCCAGCUCCUAUCACCCUCAUGCCUCUCCCAAUGAUCCCCACGGAUGUCAGCAGCUCUGUCGGCCAUCUUGGUGCACAACCAGAUGCUGUGUACGCUGACCCUGCUGAUUGCAUUCAAUCUGUUCGCAAACAUCAUCCAACCACGGCUUUGUACGUAGACCCUGCCAGUGUUCUCCCACUCAAACCUCCAAAUUCAAUGGAAUCGGUCAGUCCCCUUCCAAGCUCCUCGGCUUCAAAACCCUGCGAUCGCAAAGAUCCAGUCUACUCAGAGGUGUACGACAAAAUCAGUCCAGGGCAAAACAAACAAACUGUGAUUCAGAGUACAGCACAAAUAAAGUGUUCUGCGGGCGAUGAACCCAUUUAUUCUGAGCCCAUGUCCAAAAAGGAGGAGGAGACUCAUAAAAGUGUCAUAAAAACAGACCCGUUCGCCCACCUUUACGCUCAAGUCCACAAAACAAAACCAUCCCAUGGCCCUCCUUCGUCUACUGUCCCUUUGACAGGCACAGACCAUAAUGUGGAUGAUGUAAUCUACGAAAACCUGGGCAUCAUUUAAAUUAAGGAAAAACAUCUAUGACAAGCCUUGUAUGUAUUCUUGGUAAACAAUGACUGAGAAAGGACAGUCAGAGUUCAUUGUGAAAUAUUCUAACUAGUAAGCACUUCUCCUGCAUGGACGCCUUUCUGUUGUGUAUGUUUGUUCAAAAAACCUUGUAAAUUCAGUUUGAAAACAAAACCAGCCUGUUCAUUGUUACAGGACUGACCACAUUACUUCAUCACUGACUUGUUAAAGCCUUGAGUUCGACAUGCGGCAGUCAUGAUUGUUGUUUAGAUCAAAGUGACCUUAUUUGGACAAAAGAGGGGAUCUAAACAGUCUGUGCAUGUGGCUCAUUGAAGGGCUGCAGGAUGAUUUUCUUUUUGUGGUGGUUUCUCACCACAGCUGUUUAUUAUGAGCGAAAGGAAGGUGUCAGAGAAUAUGGACUAAAAACUGCAGUUUUUCUGGUACGAUUGCUACGCUACGGCUUCAGUUUUUAGCCACAUUCACAACCCCCUGACCAGCACCCAAAGGGGAAACAUCUGCACUUUAAAGUCGCAGGACUUUAAUGGCUACAGGGUGGUGUCCAGAUUCAUGAUAUCUGCAGACAGCUAUGUGCAGCAUCUUUUAAAGAAUGGAGAGUGAGACUGAGUUGACGUCUGUUUCCCCACAAUGACAUUGGACCACUGACAGUUUUGUGGGAGAUUCUGGUGUUUAAUGCUGGAAUAGACUACAAAGGUCUUAUUAUCAAGUGAUGACACUUGAGGCUGAUUAUUAGACGUGAAAAGGCAUUAUACAUUAUAUGUGUUUUUAAAUCAUUGGUGGUAACAGACACUGUUGUGAAACAUUUUUUGUAAAUAUAUUUUGUCAUUUUUUAACGAUUGAACUGAAUGUCUCACCCUUUUCAGUAUUUGUAUUUUUUUAAAACCACAUGUUGAUGUUAUAUCCAAAUGUUAUUUUUGUUUGCUUCUGAGGUUGUUUUUGCUGCAUAACUCAGAAAUGUAUGUUUUUAUACAAAUGUAUUAUAUAGUGUUUUGUUUUUUUCAAUGAAUGAUGUGGUGUGCUGGGCUCUGCUGCUUCAGCCUCCCCUGGUAUGAGGGAUUUUGUAGCAUGCAUUAGCUGGUGUUAGCUUUAAUGUUCAAAUUUUCAAAAAUAUAUUGCUAAGUAUUAACCAUUUCCCUCUAAGAAUCACAGCUAUAGUUAAAUCACUUUUACAAUAAAUGAUUCAAAAUAAAAUAUCUUAGAUUUUAAUAGAUUUAAAAUCUUUCAUGCAGUGUUUUUUUUUUUUGUGUGUGAAUAAACUUUUUUUUUCCUGAUUGUUAAACACGAUAUGGUAUUUUAUCUUUUGGCACAUGUGUUUUAUGCAAAUGUUUCAUCUUGAUUGUGAUUUUUUUCUGUUUGUUGACCCGAGUUUGUUAAAGGAAAAACAUCACAAAGAUGGACAAAAUGUCUUUUAGAUUCUAAUGAUGUCAGAGAUGUUUGUGAACAUGCUGAACUUUCAUUUCCUGUUCUCUUUGAACCCUAUUAUAAAAAUGAUUCUCUUGUA